AUCGAAGGCCGCCGCAAGCGCGAAGGUCUACCAAUCAUGCCUAUUUCCAACCUGCCAUAUUGGCUAUAAAGCUCGCAUGCCUGACGUUUAUUUUGGAGUUGUCCGGCGCAACGGCUCUAUUUACGAUUUCGCACUUUUUUCCCCCAAAUACUAGUAAUAGAUUAAACAACUAAGUCAUCAUGGCAUUUCGCCUGUGUCGUGAUGCUCUUGUGGGGCCCGGGAAAGUGACUUCGCGACGGAUGCGGCCGUGCUCAGCAGUCCUGCCUUUGGCACAACAAUCUUUUGAGACAAAUACAGAUGCAAGCAGAACUGCCAGGCGCAGCGCGGCGGUGACGUUGCUGUCUGCCGGGCUGCUAUGCGGUCAAGUAAUGUUGCCGGAGUCGGCGUUGGCAACAGUCGACACGGCGAAGCCCCAGGCGACCCUAGUAGCCGCCGCCCAGCCGACCCCGCGGCCUCUGUUGCCAAACUUGAUGCUGGCGCCGCCGCCUCUCGCGUCCACGGCCGUCACCAGCAACGGCGCUGCCGCAGUGAUCGAGGAGGCAGAGGAGAUCGUAAUGGACGUCGUACAUUUUUUCCAGCAUAGCGUAGAGGCCGUCGAGUCGACCGUACACCACCUGCAGGUUGUUCAUGCGAUGGAGCGGCUGGAGGGGAUGCCCCUGAACCAGGUUAGUGGGGGGAGAGGGGAGGGGGCUGCUCAAUUAAAACCGGCGGUGGUUGAUCUUGAGCUGCUCAAGGCCGCGAUGCAUCCGGCGUCCUCAUCAUUGUACGGCAUGACGGAGUACGACGAGGAGCAACUUGUCAACAGCAGAUUGGACUCUGCUCUGGACUCAGUGGCUCAGUGGCAGCUCCGUGAUGUGGUGGAUGUUGGGAAAUUGGCGAAUGCUCUGCAGGAUGUGCAGUACAGCGGGCCUUUGGACUCCCGGUCGCUGCAACGAGAAGCACCCCGACUGCGGAGAGCGGUUCAUUGGGAGGCUGUGGCGGAGGCUGUGAGGCCUCCAGUGCUGCGACAGGCACUCAAUGCGCUGGCGGAACCGGCCAGGCGCGGCGCUGCCGGGCCGUUCUCUGAGCUGGAUAUCCGUACGGCGAUAGCUGCCGUACGAAUGGAUGUCGUACGGGACGUAUUAUCGCCGCCUAAACCGUCGUCCCAGCAGUCGAGGGUGCAUUCCCUGGACUCCAGCGGUUUGUGGACCUGGGACAAUAUCGUCACCCUAGCCAACUUCUCAGUGGAUCGUUCAGAUUUCGCACCCAACACCGGCAUCCAAUGGAAUCUGCCGGGUCAACUGCGGCUCAACUCCAUUCCUGGUCAGCUCAUAAAUCAACUUUAUCCCAGGUCACCACCGUCCAUCGACUAG